AUGCCAGAGCUGCGAAGUGGUGUUCGGAGAGCUUGUCUGAGGUCCAGCAGGCUUGAAGACGUCCAGGCUGCAGAUCAGGUAGCCGCUCCCGUGUUGCCAGCUCCCCGGGGGAGGGGUGGGAGGCGUGGUGGUGGUGGUGCGGCUGGCAGAGGCAACAAGAAAGCAGCUGCCGCGGGAAGAGGAAGGCCAGCUCCAAAGGCUAGAGGAAAGAGGGUCGAGGCUAUUGAUCUGACUGACCAGCCUUUCGAGGACAUCCCUGAAGCUAUCGUUGGAGAGGCAGUUGCAGCCACCGCCCAGCAGGACCUUGGUUUGAACAAGGUAGCUGACAGGGCCGCCAACUUCAAAAUGGAAGGUGCAAGUGGUGAUAGACUUGCAGCGGCGGAAGAUGAAGCCACGACGACGCCAGUGCCUGAGAGGGUUCAAGUUGGUGGUUCUCCAGAAUAUAUAACUGAUAGGAAGUUGGGUAAAGGUGGAUUUGGCCAGGUCUAUGUUGGCAGAAGAAUAACUGGUGGGGCUUCUCGUACGGGCCCAGAUGCAUACGAGGUUGCACUCAAACUUGAACAUCGAAGAAGCAAAGGAUGUAGUUAUGGCCCCCCGUUUGAGUGGCAGGUUUAUCAGUCUCUCAAUGGUUGUUAUGGCAUACCAUCAGUCCACUACAAGGGUCGCCAGGGAGACUACUACAUUCUUGUAAUGGAUAUGCUGGGUCCUAGCCUCUGGGAUGUUUGGAAUUCAAUGGGACAGGCGAUGUCUUCUCAUAUGGUUGCUUGCAUUGCCGUUGAGUCCAUAUCAAUCCUUGAGAAGCUUCAUUCCAAAGGCUUUGUCCAUGGAGAUGUAAAGCCAGAAAACUUUUUGCUUGGUCAACCUGGAUCACCUGAUGAGAAGAAGCUUUUCCUAAUUGAUCUUGGUUUAGCAUCCAAGUGGAAAAAAGCAUCAUCCAGUCAGCAUGUUGAAUAUGACCAGAGGCCAGACAUCUUUAGGGGAACAAUUAGAUAUGCUAGUGUCCAUGCUCAUUUAGGCCGUACAGGCAGUAGAAGGGAUGAUUUGGAGUCACUAGCGUACACCCUUAUUUUUUUAAUAAGAGGAAGAUUACCUUGGCAAGGCUUUCAGGGAGACAACAAGAUCUUUCUUGUUUGUAAGAAGAAGAUGGCUACCUCUGCGGAUGUUCUGAGUUGCUUCUGUCCACCUCCAUUCAAACAUUUUCUUGAGAUGGUCACUAAUAUGAAAUUUGAUGAAGAGCCAAAUUAUGCAAAACUUAUUUCUCUCUUUGAUAGUCUGAUUGAAGUGCCUGCUUCAAGACCCAUCAGAAUUGAUGGUGCUCUAAAGGUUGGGCAGAAACGUGGAAGAAUGGUUGUAAAUCUUGAAGAAGAGGAACAGCCUAAGAAGAAAGUUCGGUUGGGGAGCCCAGCAACUCAAUGGAUUUCGGUUUAUAAUGCUAGGCGGCCUAUGAAGCAGCGAUACCACUACAAUGUAGCCGAUUCAAGGUUGCACCAGCAUAUUGAAAAAGGCAAUGAAGAUGGCUUGUACAUUAGUUGUGUAGCUUCUUCAGCAAAUUUUUGGGCUCUCAUAAUGGACGCUGGGACCGGGUUUGGUUCUCAAGUGUAUGAGCUUUCACAAAUUUUCCUGCACAAGGAUUGGAUUAUGGAGCAAUGGGAAAAGAACUUCUAUAUAACAGCAAUAGCUGGAGCAACCAAUGGAAGCUCAUUGGUUGUGAUGUCCAAAGGAACUCCAUACACACAGCAGUCAUACAAAGUCAGUGAAUCUUUUCCUUAUAAGUGGAUUAAUAAAAAGUGGAAAGAAGGUUUUCAUGUAACAUCCAUGGGUACUGCUGGGAACCGUUGGGGAGUUGUCAUGUCGAGGAAUGCGGGCUACUCUGACCAGGUUGUAGAGUUGGAUUUUCUGUAUCCAAGUGAAGGACUCCAUCGGCGAUGGGAGAGUGGUUACAGAAUAACUUCAUCCGCAGGCACACCUGACCAAGCUGCUUUUAUCUUGAGCAUACCAAAGAGGAAGCCACUGGACGAGACCCAGGAAACCCUUCGAACUUCUGCCUUCCCCAGUAACCACGUGAAGGGAAAAGUGGGCGAAGAACCUGUACAUCGCCUCAAUCUGCUACGGGCGAACCGCGUGUUGACGGCGUACUUGAGCUCGACGGCGAAAUCACCCGAGUUUUACCACUGGAGCCAGAAGAGAGUUCGAGACGGAACAAACUCAGCGUCAACCUUAUUAUCUAGGUUUCGAGCGCAAUUGGCUGGGCGCUGA